CAAUGUGACACAAGGAAAAAGACACCGGAGCCCUGUUUGUUUUAUUAUUGUGAGCUAACUGUCAAGCAGAAACACAACUAGCUCGCAUUUAAACCGCACGUCACAACAUGUCUUCUGACUUCGAAGCCUACGAACAGGACUUUGGCACCCUCACAGCCGAAGUGACCAACAAAAUCGGCCGAAUUCCCAAACUGAGUGGAGAGGAGAAGACACAGCUGGUUCUAAAUGUCGACAAACAGCUUGAAGAAGUCAAAGAGUUGCUGGAGCAGAUGGACUUGGAGGUACGAGAGAUCCCCGUCCAGAGCCGAGCCAUGUACAACAGCCGACUGAAGAGCUACAAGCAAGAGGUGGACAAGCUGGAGAAGGACUUCAAAAGGUCACGCAUCGCCUACAGUGACGAAGUGCGCAACGAGCUCCUGGGGGAUGACGCCAGCUCCUCGGAGGGCCAGUUGAUAAAGUUACGCGAAGAGAGAGCGCAUCUGUUGGACAACACAGAGAGGCUGGAAAGGUCAUCGCGGAGACUGGAGGCCGGCUACCAGAUAGCAGUAGAAACCGAACAAGUGGGCCAGGAGAUCCUCGCCAACCUUAACACCGACCGUGAGAAGAUCCAGAGAGCCAGGGAGAGGCUGAGAGAAACGGACGCCAAUCUGGGCAAGAGCUCUCGCAUCCUCACUGGCAUGCUGAGAAGGUAAGAGGCAGGAUCAUCCAGAAUCGAGUCCUGGUCUUUGUCCUGGGAGCCUUCAUUCUCCUCACUAUCAUCCUGGCCAUUUAUUUCAAUCUGCGAGGCCACUGAUCCUCCUUGUCCUCUCUCUCUUUUGCACACACACACACACACACACACACACACACACACACACACACACACACACACACACACACACACA